AUGGGUGGUGGGCAAGGCGCUAGCCCCCGUUGCCGACGGCGUGCUGGGGCUUGGGCAGCCACCAAGAACUUUGGUACCAACGUCGAGGCCCUCGGCACGGAAUUGUUGCUCGUGAAGGCCAUGCUUGAGCAAGCUGCCCACAAGGAACUCAGAGGCCCGGCAAUGGAGAUGCUGCUGCAGAAGCUGCAGGAAUCGGCGCAGAAUGCGGAAGACUUGCUGGACGAGCUGGACUAUUUCCGCAUCCAUGACCAGCUCCAUGGCACUUGCGAUGCUGCCCACAAGCACGGCAAGGGUUGCGUCCGCAACCUUGCCUUCAAUGCUCGCCACACUGCCAAAGUUGUUGGUAAACUGGUCAACGGUUGCGCUUGGCAGUGUGCUAAGCGCCGGCAGAGGUCACACAACAAUUCCUCCUCAACGCCCAACGCCAAUCAGGAUAUUAGUGGAUGCGUACCCAAGCUCAGUAAACUCCUCCCUUGCUCAUCCUCCCCGCAUCCACAUGUUGGUGAUGACGAUCGUGGCAAUGAGCUUGAGUUUAAUAGGGUUGAUUUCUCCCAAAGAAUGAAGGACAUUGUAGAUAAACUGCAGCCUAUGCGUAAUGAGGUUAACAAGAUUCUGCAAAGUUGUGGUGCUAGAAUUGUCUUAGACAUUGCGCAGCAUCGUCCCACCACCACACCUCAGAGUGCCGAGCCAAAACUGUACGGAAGGGACCGUGCCAUGACUAGCAUCAUACAUGAUAUCACCAAGGGUCAAUACUGUGACAAGGGUCUAACCGUGCUUCCGGUUGUUGGUCCAGGUGGAAUGGGGAAGACAACUUUGAUACAACACAUAUAUAACAACCAACAAGUGCACAAUCAUUUUCCGGUCAGGAUUUGGAUUUGUGUGUCAUUCAGUUUCAACCUGGAUAAGGUGCUAGAACAGAUUAAGAGAGAUACCCUUCCCGUUGAAGGUGAAAAUGGGUGUAGUACAACACAAGAGCUGAUUGAACACAGACUGAGACACAAAAGGUUCUUACUUGUAUUGGAUGAUAUAUGGCAGUUUACUGAUGUGGAUGACUGGAAAAAACUAUUGUUGAUACUUGGCAAGUCACAAGAAAAGGGUUCCAUGAUUCUAGUCACAACUCGGCAAAAGGAAAUAGCAGAUCAGGUUAAGAAAGCUGAAGAGCCAAAAGAACUGAAUGGUUUAGAACUCGGAGAGUUUAGGAAGUUAUUCCUUGUAUAUGUCUUUGAUGCUGAGCAAUAUCCAAGAGAUAAACUUCAUUUGCUUGGCACAGGAGAUGAGAUAAUCGGAAAGCUAAAGGGCUCCCCUCUUGCAGCAAAGACCGUUGGUAGAUUGCUGAGUAAAGACCUCAGUUUGCCUCAUUGGAGAAGGGUACUAAGAAGUAAAGAAUGGGCGAAGCAGACUGGUGACAAUGGAAUUAUGCCUGCCUUGAAGCUUAGCUAUGAUUUUCUCCCUUUCCAUCUGCAACAGUGUUUUUCCUAUUCAGCAUUGUUUCCUGAAGAUUACCGUUUCAGAAGUUAUGAGCUCAUCAGCUUGUGGAUUGGACUAGAUAUUUUGAUACUUGGUCAAAAUCAAACACUUGAAGACAUAGGUUUGAGAAAUUUAAAGGAGUUAGUCAUCCAUGGAUUUUUCAGAGAAGAGGAAAAUUAUGGUGGUAUGUAUUAUGUUAUGCAUGACCUACUGCAUGAAUUGGCAUUGAAGGUUGCAGCCCAUGAUUGUUUCAGUUUACGUCUCCCUAGUGUUGGAUCGGUAGAGAUUCAACCAACCACCCACCACUUGUCUAUAAGCACAGAGGACUUAGGUGAAUAUCAUGCAGUGUUUGGUGAAAAAUUAAAGAGUGACUUGGAAGAACUGAAGACAGGAUUUAAGGUUCGAGAUUUGCAAACAUUGAUGUUAUUUGGAAAAGUGGAUGAAGGUUUUGUCAAGAUAUUUGGUGAUUUCUUUGGGGAAGCGAACGCUCUUCGUGUUCUUCGUUUGCCCAGCCUGGUUUGUCCUGUGGAAUCCAUGUUACAUAACUUUUCAGGACUUGUCCACCUACGAUGCCUAUGGUUAGGGACAUGGAAUAGAGAUAUGCAUUUGCCACCUAACAUCUCUAAAUUUUACUCCCUCCGUUCCUAA